GACUUGGACAAGAGAAACACAGAUUUCACAAGCCAAGCAAACUGAGUCAAUCUAACUCCAAUGGAGGAAAGGAAGGGCCGGAGAUUGAUACUCUUCCCAUUGCCCUUACAAGGUCAUAUAAACCCCAUGCUAGAACUGGCCAACAUUCUAUACCUGAAAGGCUUCUCCAUAACCAUCAUUCACACCAACUUCAACUCUCUCAACCCUUCAAGCCAUCCACACUUCACCUUUCACUCAAUUCCAGAUGGCUUAUCUGAAAGUGAGGCCUCCACAAAGGAUCUCAUCUUCCUCGGUUCUCUUUUAAAUGUUAAAUGUGUUGAACCUUUCCGAGAAUGCUUGGCCAGCUUGUUAUCUGAUGUUUCAGAGGAUCCUGUUGCUUGCUUGAUAUCAGAUGCUAUCUUUCACUUCGCUCAAUCUGUUGCCGAUAGCUUAAAGGUCCCAAGGGUUGUUUUAAGGACUGGGGGUGCUUCUUCAUUUACUGUUUUUGCUGCAUUUCCACUUCUGCGUGAAAAGGGCUACAUCCCAAUACAAGAUUCUCGACUAGAAGAGCUUGUGACAGAGUUCCCACCUCUCAAAGUGAAAGACCUUCCUGUGCUCAACAGGUGCAACUCGGAGGAAUAUUAUCAACUAGUAGAUGGCAUGUCAAAUGGAUCCAAGACCUCAAGGGGACUAAUCUUCAAUACUUUUGAAGACCUUGAAGAGCAUGCACUGGGAAAACUUAGACAAGAAUUCCCCAUACCAAUUUUCCCUCUAGGACCCUUUCACAAGUGUUACCCUGCAGCCUCUUCUUCAAGUCCUUUGUCAACUGAAGACAAAAGUUGCAUUCCAUGGCUAAACAGUCAAGCGCCAAAAUCCGUUGUCUAUGUUAGCUUUGGGAGCAUAGCAGCAAUAAAGGAAGCUCAAAUUUUGGAGAUAGCUUGGGGACUAACCAACAGCAAGCAGCCUUUCCUAUGGGUGAUUCGACCUGAAUCAAUCCACGGAGGUUCACAAUGGCUUGAACUAUUACCUAGUGAAUUUCUUGAAAACUUGAACGGGAGGGGGCACAUUGUGAAAUGGUCUCCUCAAAAAGAAGUCUUAUCACAUCCAGCCAUCGGAGUCUUUUGGACUCACAGCGGCUGGAACUCUACAUUGGAAAGCAUUUGCGAGGGAGUUCCUAUGAUUUGCAUGCCAUGCUUCAGUGAUCAAAUGGUGAACGCAAGAUACGUAAGCAAUGUCUGGAAGAUUGGUUUGCAGUCAGAGAAGGGAACAGAUAGAGGUGAAAUCGAAAGAACGAUUAGAAAACUAAUGGUGGAGAAAGAAGGGGAAGAAAUCAGAGGCAGAAGCUUAAAGCUAAUGGAGAAGGCAAAUCUCUGCCUCAAACAAGAUGGCACUUCAUACCAAUCCUUGGACGGCUUGGUUAAACAUAUUCUAUCACUAGAAUCAUUUGUUUUUCGAACUCAGUGAAUCCCCAACAUGGUAUUGGGAAAUUCAUUCAGGUUGUCUAUGAGGGCUACAAGUUCAUAAGAAGUAGUGCUUAUGUAGUUGAAUAAAUUCAUCUUUAAAUAAAACUAGCAGAGAGCAUGCACUUGCAUUCUCAACAUUAACCAAGA